CAAUACAGAAUAGACGUUAAGAUGGCCGAGAAUACCUAUUGGAAGCUUAAAACUUAUUAAUUUAUUCGAUGAGAGCUUCGUGUGCAUAUUGUGAACAUUAAUUUAUCAAUUGGAGCAUUUGUAUUAAUCUUCUGAUAAUUUUGCAAAACUUUUGUGAUAUUAUCUUCAAAAAAAAAAAAAAAUUUUGGUUUAGCUGCUUAUUUACUACAGUUAAAAUUCACCAUAAACAAAUUUUCGUAUGGUUUCGGCGAAAAUGCCUAAACGAGCAACACCAUCUAGUGAAGAUAUUCGUCCUAAAAAGAAAUCGUCAAAUACAACACCACCAUCAACAAUCGACAUCCGAACUGGUCAAAUAUUAACCGAUAUAACCGGUAAGCAAUGGAAGUUAGGAAGAACCGUUGGUAUAGGGGGUUUCGGUGCAAUAUUUCUAGCGUCGGAUGAUAUAAAAAAUGACGUAAACGAUAAUUGUAAAUACGUGGCCAAGGUUGAAACGCAUUCCAGCGGGCCACUUUUUGUAGAAAUUAAUUGUUAUAUACGUAUCGCCAAAGAAGAAUAUAUUAAUGAGUACAAAAAAACGACGGGAUUGCGAAAAUUGGGAAUGCCUCAUUACGUAGCAUCCGGUUCGCAUAUGGUUAGAGGGUCGAAAUUACGUUUUUUAAUACUUCCACGAUUUGAUAAGAAUUUAGAGGAUAUUUUUAAUACGAAUAAAUCGUUUAAUUUUAAUACUGUAUUGAUUGUGGCGUUAGAAUUGUUAAAUGUGAUCGAGUAUAUACAUGCAAAUGGAUAUAUUCAUGGUGAUAUAAAAGCAACAAAUAUUAUGAUUAAAUAUCCUCAUAUCACGGGAUAUAAAAGACGAAAGGCUGGAGCAAUAUCUCUUAGAAAGAAGCAAGUAAAUCGAACUCAUUUUUUAAGAUCGGCGGAAAUUGAUGAUGAAACAGAAAAUUUAUAUGAAAUUGUGAAUAAUAAUCAAGUUUAUUUAUUGGAUCUGGGUUUAGUGUCGAAAUAUCUUCAACCCGAUGGUCGACAUAAAAACGUUUCUUGUGAUCAGAGAAAAGCUCACGCUGGAACACUAUUAUUUUGUAGCUUAGAUGCUCAUAAUGGCGUACAAGUUAGACGUUCAGAUUUAGAAUCCUUAGGUUAUAACAUUGUCUAUUGGUUAACAUCGACUUUACCCUGGAUGAACGAAAUCGAAGACCCUGUAAUCGUCCAUAAAAUGAAACAAAGAAGUUUAUCUGAUCUUCACAAAUUUUUAGAAUCUUGUUUUUUGACUACAUAUCCACAGUUUAUUUAUGACUAUUUUAAAUACUUGGUUCAAUUAGAUUUUAAUACUGAACCUGACUACUCUUAUUGUAGAGGUAUUUUUAAAAGUGCCUUGGAAAGUUAUGGUUAUAAUAACCAAGUAAGUUUGGCAAACCUAAAGAAAAGACAAAUACUUGGAGUGAAACAUAAAUUAAGUUACAAAUUAAACCGAAUUCCUUUGUCAACGAAACCUUCAAAUUUACCAUUAAAACCAAAACGGCGACGAAAAGGCAAAGAAAUUGCUAAUUUAAGUUGGUCGAAAGUACUCAUGGAUCCUGAAAUGAUUCUGAGACAAGGAAAACAUCGUUAUCGAACAAUUACCGAAUCUAGUGACGCAGUUUUGAAUUUACAAGAUAUUGAUUUAGACGAACUUAAUCCUACAUACGCUAUGGUUGAGGUUUAUAACAAAUUUAUGGAGAGGUUGCAAUCUGGAUCAUCGCCGAGAUACUGUGAAUUCGAAUCUAAUAAUAUCCCUGGAUAUACACCUAUAAUGAUGGCUGUGUACACAAAAAUGUUAGAAAGACAACGUUUCGAAGAGGAACAAUUAAAAAUGUUGACUAAGAAACAAUCUCGUAAAAAAGUUACUAAGAAAGUAAAAAAAAUUGUAGUUGUAAAUGAUGAUCCUAGUGAAAAUAUAAGGAUAACAAGAUCAAGAACAGGAUUAUUGAGAAACCAAAUUAAUAAAUGAAUCAAUUUUUGAUUAUGGACCAGUACUUUCUAUAAUUUCAGAGUAUAUAUUUUUUUUAAUUUCUUUGAUUAUGCCGAUUGUGUUAUUUUUAUAAAUA